GGGGAGCCCCGAGCCCGGGGAGUCGUGCCUGCCGGCGUGGGCGCGCGACGACGUUCCCCGCCCGCCUCCCUGAGAGCGCUGGCGGCAGUGCUGUUGGCGCCCCUGGCAGGCGGGGCGGUCGCUGUGCAUGCGCUGGCAGGUGACGACGAGGCGGAGGCGGAGUACUCCAGGGUGGCGCUCAGCUGGACGCUGCACUACGCGGGGGCGGUGCUCUCGUUCGCGGGGGCUGCCCACUGGGGCCUGCAGCUGGCCGAGUUCGGCGUGCCCCGGAAGAGCGACUACAUGGCGCUGUACUACCUCUCGCGCUUCAGCGGGCCCGUGGUGUUCGUCCUGUUCGGGUGGCUCGGCUCCGUGCUGAGCACGGCGUCGCCCCAGGAGGGGUCCAUGUGGCUGCUGUGCGGUUGGGUCGGCCUGCUGAGCUCCGAUUUCCUCGUGUGGAAGUACGAGAUGGCCCCACCCUGGUGGCUCAGGUGCACGAGGAGAGCGCUGGAGGAGAGACCCGAGGAAAUGCCUAAGAGGUCUCGAGCCCCACUGCGGCAUGUCUGCGUCGUGUCGACGCGUCGGCGGCCCCGGCUCGGGCGUUCUAGGUUGACCGUUGCCAGCCGCCUCGGCUCGGCCGACAUAGAAUGGUCUGCGCUAUCGGAAUGC